AUGAUAAGCAAAAGAAGAUGGUUACUUAUCAAAAUGACGUUUGACAAUACAACACGUGUAUUAUUCGAAUUAAUAUGGCCAUUAUUUUUGUUUUUGAUUUUAAUGUGGGUUCGUAGUCGUGGAUUAACAGUUUAUUAUCCUGCUUGCUACAAUGAUCCGAAACAAUUGGGUUCAUCCGGUUUUUUACCAGCAUUACAAACAUAUCUAUGUCGUUUAAAUAAUACAUGUUGGAAUUACCCAUUGUCAACAGAUGAUACCCAAAUAUCUGGCUUUAUCGAGAUGAUAUCGAAUGCAUCUGAAGCAUUAUCACUUCUACUUGAAAACAAAGAUACAGGUCCGAUAAUAUUUCAACUUUAUCAACUUAUACGUAAUACAAGUUCAAAUGUUGACGUACUAAACACCUAUUGGGAUGGUUAUAUUUCUGUUAAUUUAUCAACACAAUCAUUCAACUAUUCAAAAUCAAUAUCAAAUCAAACACUAAAUACAAUAUUCACAAAUCCAAUAUCAUUAACAAAUUUACAUCAAAAGUGGCUCAUUAAAGAUAAUAGUACACAAACAAAAUCAAAUUCAGAAGUCAUGAUCGAAAUUUUAUUACAAUUUUCAUUACCAAUUCCUCCUGUGAGAUAUCAGAAUGAAACAGAUGUUAAAAAUGCGUUUUGUACGAAUAAUCAAUUUAAUAAAACAUUCCAGUUGAAACCAGCACAACAAAUAGCUAGAGAUACUGCAAAAAAUGAAUUAUGCAGUUUAUCUGAUAGUGAUUUAUUUAAUUUUUUAAUUACUUUAAAAACCGACUUAGAUGGUAUUUAUAUGAAGGAAAAAUUGAGCAAUAUUUCAACACCUAUUCUAAUUCAAAAUGUUUAUGGAAUGCACGCUGUUUGGCAAAAUUUAACUGUUCUACUAAAUUCGCUUAAUAUGACACUAUUUCCAUCUGAAAAUCAAAAUAAUAUUAGUUUUAGUUUUGCUGGUAUCUGUGGUGGAAGAGAAGAUCUUAGUCGACAAUUUCAAGUAUCUCCACCAACCAAUAGUGUUUUAGACGAAAGCCAGGAAAUAAAUGAAACAAGUGUUAAACGAUUAAAACGUUCUAAAACGAAGGACAACAUAAAACGAUCAAGCGUAAAGGCUUUAGCGUCUCCUAGUCUACAACAUUUGUUGGAAUCGGAUUUAACCAAAUAUAGUAAGAUGUUAAUAGUUAGUUCGAAAGCAGAAACAUCAAAUUCAACAAAUACAACAUCCAGUGAUAUUGACUGGAUUGAUUUCGCAUCAAAUUUGAUGUAUUUCAAUGAUACUGAAUUAUGUGAGGAAAGUUUUAUAUAUGGCAGUGGAGAUAUUCAACAAAUUCAAAUUAUUAAUCGUACAUGUCGUUGCGUAUAUAUGGACCAAAUAUUAAAUUCAAUAUCAGAAAUUCGUUUUCUAAUAAGAUUAAUUAGACCAUUAUUGUAUGGUAAAAUAUUGUAUUAUCCAAAUAAUCCACAAUACAAUCAAAUAAUUAAGAGAAUGAAUGCAAUAUUUGAAUCAUUGGACGAAUUUAUUAUACUAAUGAAAAAUAUUCAAAAAGCCAUUUAUCCAUCAUUAACAGUUCUAAAUAGAAUAUGUUCAAGAUUACCAUUAUUUGGAAAUAUAAAUUGUUCACAAAUUCAAUCGUAUCAAUAUAUGGCAGCAAUAUUUACAGUAUUUCAAGAAUUUCUUUCGUGUACCGAACGUAAUAGAUUUCAACCUGUUGAAAGCAGUGCUGAUCUUGUUACAAAAGCACUAAAUCUCUCAUUUACAUAUAGCUUUUUGGCCGGUAUCGAAUUUCUUAAUGAUAUUGUAGAUGAUGAAUUACCAAAACAUAUUAAAUAUAAAAUUCGUAUGCCACUUGAUUCGGUUGAUUCAACAUUUCGUCAACAAAAUAGAUAUUUUUCAUUUAAACCUCGAACAGAUGCACCACUCUCAACAAAAUAUUUUUCAUUUGGUUUUAUUUAUUUAAUGAAUAGUCUUGAACGUGCUUUUAUUAGUAUUCAAACAAAUACAAGUUUAGGUUAUGGUGUUAAAACACAACAAUAUCCUUAUCCAUGCUAUGUCAAUGAUAAAUUUAUCAAUGCUGUGUCACGAAUGUUACCCUUAUUUAUGGUACUCGGAUGGAUAUUCACAGUAUCAAUGAAUGUCAAAGAUAUUGUCCAUGAAAAAGAGAAACGUUUGAAAGAAAUAAUGAAAAUAAUGGGAUUAUACGAUACUGUUCAUUGGUUCUCGUGGUUUAUCUGGUGUUCAUUCAUUAUGAUGAUAACAGCAAUAUUUCUUGUACUUAUAAUAAAAUACGGCAACAUAACAAGAUUCUCAAAUUUUCUAAUAUUAUUAAUCUUUUUCUUAUGUUUUACAUUUGCUACAAUUACUCAAUGUUUUCUGAUGAGCGUGUUUUUUAAUAGAGCAAAUUUAGCAGCAUGUGGUGCCGGUAUUCUAUUCUUUCUUCUUUACUUACCAUAUACAGUAUUACUAAAUUAUUCUGAUGUAACAUUAAGAUGGCAUAAAAUUAUUUCUUGUUUAUCAUCGACUGUAGCAUUUGGUAUUGGUUGUGAUUACAUUGCAAAAUGGGAAGAACGUGCAAAAGGUAUUCAGUGGGAUAAUAUUAAUAAAGGUACACGACCUGCUGACAACUUUUCAUUUUUAUAUUGUAUGAUUAUGAUGUUAAUUGAUUCUAUUAUAUACAUGUUCUUUACAUGGUAUAUUGAAAACGUUUUUCCUGGCGAAUUUGGCAUUCCAAAACCAUGGUAUUUUCCAUUUACAAAAACAUACUGGUUUGGUUACGAUGUUAAUAAAAUACGUAAACGAACAGAGUAUUUAAUAAAUUUAGAAAAAAAUCAAUCUGAGAAUACAAACGAGUUAGAUAAUCGUGUAAAACAACGUUCAGCAUCAAUAGAAUCAUAUUCCGAUGGCGAAGUAGGAGUUGAAAUUAUAAACUUAUGUAAAUAUUAUAACAAUAAAUUGGCAUUAAAAAAUCUAUCUGUUAAAUUUUAUCAGAAUCAAAUAACUUCGUUCUUGGGCAGAAAUGGUGCUGGUAAAUCAACAACAUGGUCAAUUUUAACGGGAUUAAUUCCUCCAACAUCGGGGACUGCUUAUAUCGAUGGAUGGGAUAUUUUAACGGAUAUCAAGAAAAUACGUCAAAAUAUUGGUUUUACACCACAACAUAACGUUUUAUUUGAUCUAUUAACAGUUAGAGAACAUUUAGAGUUUUUUGCACGAUUAAAAGGAGCAGCAGACGAGACAAUUGAUAUUGAAAUAGAACGUAUGUUAGAUGAUUUGAUGUUAACAAAUAAACGAGAUAAUUAUUCAACAGAACUAUCUGGCGGCAUGAAACGUAAAUUGAGUAUUGCUAUAGCAUUUUGUGCCAAUAGUAAAACGGUCAUUUUGGAUGAACCAACGGCUGGAGUCGACCCAUUUGCACGUCGAAGUAUUUGGGAUUUACUAUUGAAAUAUAAACAAGGACGUACAAUAAUUAUAUCGACACAUUUCAUGGAUGAAGCAGACUUAUUAGGCGAUCGAAUUGCCAUUAUAUCUUCGGGUGAACUACGUUGUGUUGGUACAAGUAUGUUUUUGAAACGAAAAUAUGCCGAAGGUUACAAUUUAAUUGUUGAAUUUACAUCUGUUUCUGAUGAAGAAGAAUUGAAAACACACAGUGAUGAAAACGUUAUGAACAAUAAUUCAACAAUCGAUGAUAAUGCUUCAAAAUUAGUUAAUAGUUCUAACAUUGAGCUACGAACAAUUAGUCGCAAUAAUAAGAGUGGACAAUUUGAGAAAUUAACUGAUUUUCUUAAAUCGUUUAUAUCGGAUAUUUCUGUCAAAGAGGAACAUGGUGAUCAAAUAACCUAUGUCAUUUUGGACGAUGAAGCACAUACAAGAUUUUUUCCAGAAAUGUUAAAACAACUUGAUAAAAGAAAAGAAUUGUUUCGAAUAAAAAACUAUGGUCUAUCGAAUAGCAAUCUAGAACAAGUGUUUCUAAAUGUAGCAGAUGAAGCAAAAUGUGUUGAGGAUUAUGAAAGAUCAAGUGUUUGGAAAAAAUUAGCUUUAUAUAUUAAGAAAUGUUUUGGCUGUAAAACUUUAUCAAGUAAUGUUUUAGUUUCAGAAGAAAACAACGAGCAAGAGAUAGUAUCUGACACAUGUCUAAGUGACGAAUGGGGUGUCUAUGCUAAGGAUCGUCAUACUGGACUAAGUUUAAUUGGAAUACAGUUUUUAGCAUUAAUUAUCAAACGAUUUCAUCGUACCAAACGUAACACCAAAGGCUUUAUCGCUGAAUUAAUAUUACCAAUUAUCUUUGUUUUACUUGCCAUGUUGGUUGCCACAUUGAAACCAAAUCAACAAGAUUCUCCACCGUUAAUAUUACAUCCAUGGUACUGGUAUACACCCAAUUAUUUUUUUCAGUCACUUGCCAAGGAUGCGUCAAACGUUUCGCAGUCAACGUUACAAACUUUUUAUAAAUCACCUAGUAUUGGAACAAGAUGUAUGAAUGAUACAAUGUUAGAUAGGCAAAAAUAUCCAUGUAAUGCAUCAGCCGUUGGUUACACAUAUGUUCAACCCAGUUCACAAAUAAUGGCUGCCUUGAAUGCUGUUAAUUAUAAUCAAACAAAAAUAUCUCCUGAGUGUGAUUGUGAUAAAAAAAUGCAAACGUGUCCAGUUGGUGCAAGUGGACCACCACCAAGUUACGAUCAAAUAGAAACAAAAGAUAUAGUCAAACACUUGACAGACUAUAAUAUUACUGAUUGGAUAAUUAAAACUCAAUACAAUGAUGAAUAUGUAAUGAAACGUUUUGGAGGUAUAGAGUUUCUAUCAAAAGCUUUAGAAGAAAACGGUAUAAAUACGAUAAAUACUAGUCUUAUUAAUCAGUUGGCUAACAUGAAUAAUAUUGUUGUGAAUGAAGAAAAAAUUGCUGAGCUAUUUCGUAUCCAUCAACCACAAGUAGCGGUUUGGUACGACAAUAUGGGUUGGCCAUCAUCACUUGCUUAUUUAAACAUUUUUAAUAACGCCUUACUUCGUAGUUUACUACCGUCAUCAGACGUUAAAGACUAUGGUAUAACCGCCAUUCAACAUCCAUUACCACAAACUCAAAUAGAAAUUGAUUUAGAACUACAAAGUCGUGCCUAUUUAGAAUUAUUUACAGCUAUUUGCGUUAUAUUUGCUCUUGCCUUCAUUCCAGCCUCAUUUCUUGUAUUUUUGAUUGAUGAAAGGGCAACAACUAGUAAACAUUUACAGUUUGUUAGCGGCGUCAAGGGAAUUAUUUAUUGGGUAUCAAACUAUGCUUGGGAUAUUGUUAAUUUCACAGUUUCCCUGGUAUUUUGUGUAAUCAUAUUUUUGGCAUUUAAUGUUCAAGCCUAUGUACAUAAAGAAAAUUUAUUAUGUCUCAUUCUAUUAUUAUUUUUAUACGGAUUUGCCACAAUCCCACUGAUGUAUCCAUUCUCCUAUUUAUUUAAAACUCCAUCUACUGGAUUUGUUCUUAUAUCAUGUAUAAAUAUAUUUCUUGGUCUUAUAACAACUAUAUCAACGUUUACAUUGGAAAAUAUUUCAGAUGAACCAGAUUUACAGAAGAUAAAUGUUGUUUUGAUGAAAGUAUUUCUGAUAUUUCCACAUUACUGUUUAGGAAGAGGUUUGUUCGAUAUGUCAAAGCUUCACGCCGCCGAUGAAAUUAUAUCCAAAUACAACCCAUAUUAUCAGAAAAAAUCUCCAUUUGAAUUUAAUCAAGUUGGUAGAAAUUUGAUGGCAUUAGCUAUUGAAGGCAUUAUUUUCUUUAUUUUUGCUUUACUUAUUCAAUAUCGUUUUUUUAUCGCUGAUCGUAUUCGCCGUAAACCACCGAAGAUUGUGUCGAUCGAGGAAGACGAUGAUGUUGCAGCUGAAAGACAACGUCUCUACAAUGAUCCAAACAAUACAAGUCAUGAUGUAUUGAGAAUGACUGAUUUGAUUAAAGUUUAUGGUUGGCAAUUUGGGAAAAAAUUUACAGCUGUAAACAACAUAUGCGCAGGCGUGAAACAAGGCGAAUGUUUCGGUUUAUUAGGUAUAAACGGUUCGGGAAAAUCAACUACAUUUAAAAUGUUAACAGGAGAAAUUCCACUGACAUCGGGAAAUGCGUAUGUCAUGGAGCACAGUGUCUUAAAAGAUAUUGAUGGUGUUCAUCGAAAUCUUGGCUAUUGCCCACAGUUUGAUGCUUUGGACAAUUUACUAACGGCACGUGAACAUUUAUAUUUUUAUGCAAGAUUAAGAGGUAUCAAGCAACAAAAUAUUCCUUACAUAUCCGGUUGUCUUUUAAAAAGACUUGGUUUAACGUUGUGGGCCGAUCGACCUGUGCGACAAUAUUCUGGAGGAAAUAAAAGAAAAUUAAGCACAGCCAUUGCUUUAAUAGGAAAUCCGUCAGUAAUUUUUAUGGACGAACCUACAACAGGUAUGGAUGUUCGAGCAAAACGAUUUUUAUGGGACUGUAUCUUGACGCUUACUCGAAAAGAACAUAAAUCAGUGAUUAUUACCUCUCACAGCAUGGAAGAAUGUGAAGUUCUUUGUAAUAGACUCAGUAUUAUGGUAGCAGGUGAAUUUAAAUGUUUUGGAAGUGUUCAACAUUUGAAAGCAAAAUUUGGUGAUGGUUAUACGAUUAUUCUACGUACAAAUGCUGUUGCUGAUAUAGAUACAUUAACACAAUACAUAAUUGAACAUUUGCCAGAAGCAACAUUAAAAGAAAAACAUAAUAAAGUGAUUCAUUUUCGUGUAACAGCAACCAUUAAGUUAUAUGAAAUGUUUAGUGUACUGGAACGAGCACGUGUUGAAUUAUCACCUGCAAUUGAAGAUUAUACGGUUACACAAGUCACUCUUGAUGAUGUAUUUGUUAGUUUUGCCAAAUAUCAAGACGUAGAGAAAGACUUCUUAAACGAAUCACAGGCAGUUGAUGGUCCAGUAUCAAAGAUUUCAAAUUUAACGGCUCGUAUAAUACAAGAUGAACAGAAUAAGAUUGAGAAACCACUGAAACGGAAUAUAUUUUCAAAACUAAUUAAUCGGAAAAAAUUCAGUCUUGUUGAAUUUACAAAACUUUAA